AAUCGUGCGAACAACGUUAAUGCCCACGUGCCACCCAUCAGUAUUCUUCCAGCCCAUCCAUCAGCACCGUCCACGUAGACCAUCAUGGGGCCCCACAUCUAAUUUCCGGCUAUUUUCAACUAUUCCCCAGCGUAUUCAGCGAGGUUGUAUUACACGCGCCACGAAAGGCUCGUGAGACUUUAUACUGUUUGUUUUCUUAUUAGCUUCAGUGGCAGAAAGUGGCAGAAAGGGCCAAGAGACGAGGCAAAAUCGCACUUCGUCACCGUUCACUUCCUUGUUGGGCCUACGCCGGUGACGGAAUUUAAAGACAACAAAAAAAAAAGCCCGCUUAUAGAUACUAGAAUAAUUUCCCCCACAAUCCUUCUUUCUUGCUGUGACCCAAAUUUUGGGAUUCGAUUCUUUUUUGUGGGUUUCAAUCCUCUGAGGUUUCUAUCAAGUUUUUAGCUUAAGUUUGGUACCAGUAUUUCCUAGGAGUUUUCUGGCGUUGAUGUUUUUCCAUAUACAUCCAUUAUCUUUUUGAUCAUAUUUACUGAUGUGAAAAGUUGUGACCUUGUGGGCAUUUGCAAGCAGUAAUAACUGACAAGGGUGCUUUCUGGAGCUUCUUUGAUUUGUUUGAAACAGUAUGAACUCUGCCAAUUAAGCUAAAUAUUGAUUGACCAAACAAUUGACACCCUCAUUUUUAAUUUAAGCACAACCAUGGAGGCACGACCUGCUUUAUCCAUUCAGAGAUCAGGUGCAAGCCAGCUUAGUAACCUUGGGGUAUCCGGGGGAUUGUCAUCAUCUUUGUCCAUCCCAUCAACACAUUUGGAAGGGACAUACCAAAAGUUACCUGACAUUCAACAGGUACCUUCAGAAAGGGAACUGACGACUAGGCCUCAGGUCCAUGCAACUCGUGUACCUACCAAUAAUGGGGUAGUUGGUCACAUAUUUUCAUCAUCCUCUGGAUUUUCAAGUGAUCUUCAUUACUCAUCUGUAUUACCAAAUGAAAAGCAUUCUAGAAAUAGUCCUUUCAUUUCUCAGUCGCCAGCUGAUACUGCAUCACUGCCGUUAUCACAAUCGUCAAGUUCACUGCUGCCACAACCUACAAUACCAAGUUGUUGCAACAAAGAAAAUAGUGGUUCUUGGUGUACAGAUCCAGAUUUUCUUGAUUUUCCUGUAAGCACCCCUGUCCAGAGUGGUCAAGUAGAAAACAUUCAGAGAUCUGAGGACUUCAGCAAACAAAAUGAUUGGCAGGAAUGGGCAGACCAGCUUAUCACUUGUGAUGAUGCAUUGACCUCCAAUUGGAAUGAGCUUCUUGUUGACAAUGUCACGAAUCUGGAACCGAAGAUGGCAUGUCAGGUGGCAAAACCAUGCACAACCAUGCCUACUCAGAAUCAGCAGCUUCCUUCUCCAUCUGUAGAAAAUCUCCGUGUUGUAAACCCCUCUUCAUCAGCAAAUAAUGCCCCAGCAAAGCCACGAAUGCGGUGGACUCCUGAACUUCAUGAAGCCUUUGUUGAAGCUGUCAACCAAUUGGGAGGCAGUGAAAGAGCUACUCCAAAGGGCGUGUUGAAGCUUAUGAAAGUUGACGGCUUGACUAUUUACCAUGUUAAAAGUCACUUGCAGAAAUAUAGGACAGCUAGAUACAGACCAGAGUCAUCAGAAGGAUCCUCUGAGAAAAAAUUGACUUCCAUGGAAGAAAUAUCAUCUCUGGACUUGAAAACGGGUAUGGGAAUCACUGAAGCUUUGCGGUUACAGAUGGAAGUCCAGAAGCGGUUGCAUGAACAGCUUGAGAUUCAAAGAAAUUUGCAGUUGCGAAUAGAAGAACAAGGGAGGUACCUCCAAAUGAUGUUUGAGAAGCAAAAGUCAGGUUUAGAUAAGCUGAAGGUAUCAUCUUCUAACCCGGAGAAUCCAGCAGCUACUUCAGAUGCUACCAAAGAGGCUCCAACAAAAAGUGAACUGGAAUCCUCCCAGAGGGAUCAUUUAGAUUCUGGAACUGGCACUGUUAAUAAUGCCAAGUCCAUGCUGGAGAGAAGUUCACGAGAAAUGGGUGGAGAGGAUAUGGCAACUGAAGCUGGUGAUCUAGAGAAAACCAAAGCCCGGGUUUCUGAGACGAGUCCAGAACUAGCCGCAAAGCGUUCACGAAUCGAAGAAUAAGUUAUAACAGCUUGGAACUGAGUAGCAUACUAUUUCAUGGAUGAACUUAAUAGUAGGAUAGACCAAGUUGAGGUAAGGUUAGAGCUUUUGAAGUUUUAAGGUCCUCUUCCUUCUUGUUAAGUCCUUGUAAACAAAUUUGCUUAAGCAGUCGGGUAUUUAGUUGGAAAAAAACAAAACAAAACAAAAAAAAAAAAGCUUAUGAAAAUGUUUGAGUUUUGAGUAUCAAAGUCUCCAACAUCCUCAAGUGAAAUUGCAUUAGGUAAGGCAGUGAAGGAGCCCAAUUUUUUAGGGAAUAUACAUAUCUUAAACAUGUUGGAAGAUGUGAAUGAUAUUCCCCAUUCGGAGAUUUGUACAUGGCUCCAAUGUAUUGUAUUUUUUUUAGUAUUUUAUUUCCAUCUGAGUAAAGGGACAAUUAGAACUAUUAUCCAGUGUGUUAUGUAGAUAAAUAAUAUAAACGGCAUUUGACCCUUUGUUUCA